ACACCGCCCACCAGCAGCCGCCGACUCGGGUCUGGCCCGCCCCCUUUUUGGCACCACUGGCCUCGCCCUCUGCAGACUCGCGUCAGGUGCAUUUAUUUCAUCAUCAUCACCACCGCCUGUCCGCCCGGCCCUUUCUGAGGCCGAUCGCAACACCCCGGCUCCUUCUCACCCACAGUAUUUCCUUUUCGGCCUUGUCAGUCGCAGAGCAGGUGGAUUAGGUACCUAUCCUGGGCCCGAAAUCGACGCUGCGUCUGAGCGACGAUCCGGGCGUCCACGAAUAACCUUCCCCAGGUCGCACACAACACAAACUGUUGCGUGCAGCGAGUUCUCUUCUGCAUUCCUUACGGGUACCUCGUGCUACUUUUCCGUUCUCUGCUCUCCCUCUCAUUCGCCCACCCCAUUUAAUAAUUCCCGGCCUGGCUGGUUCUCUCUCUCUCUUGCCCCUGCUAUUGGCUUGUUUUCUUUCGACUUGACCGAUUCUUCAACGACCCGUGAGCGCCAUCGCCCAAUUAAUCACCUCUGGUGGCGGGAGCACAUGGUUGAAUCUCGUGCGUCAUCCAAGCCGACAACCACGCCGGUGAACCGGUAGCCAUCCGCUCCUCCCAAGAACCCGGCGCCUCACCCGUAUACGCCUCCCCUCGCUCCACGAACAUGUCUCUACAAGAAGCCAUCCUGCCCGCGAUUGCGAGGUUCGCCAAAGACAUACCGCUACCGACAGCCGGCGACGCACCCUCCAUACUCGCUACCGCGCUGGCCGCCGCUACCACCCUUGCGACUGCCGCGACGACGAUACCAACAGGCGCAGCUACCGCCCCUCCGAACCCUAUGCAUCCCAUGGCUCCUCCGCAUCCUCCGCCUCCUCACGGGGGCCCGCACGAUGGCCCUUCGGGGGGUGAGUGUCGGCUGCUGGGGCCGUUUGCACUCAUCGUGCAGCUCGCGCUCGGCGGGCUGGCGCUCAUGUCGCUUGUGUACAAGAGGUGGAGGGAGCGGCCGCAACGUCCCGUCAAGAUUUGGUUCUUUGACGUCUCCAAGCAGGUCUUCGGCUCCGUGCUUGUCCACAUGGCCAACGUCUUCAUGUCCAUGCUCACCUCGGGCCGCUUGUCCAUCAAGCUUGACCCACCAGCCACGGCAGCCGCUGAGGUCACCGGGCGACUUCUAAGCAGAGGCCAUGACGGUGACAAAGGCUACGUCCCUAACCCUUGCUCGUGGUAUUUGCUCAACCUGGGCAUCGAUACCACACUUGGGAUUCCCAUUCUCAUUCUUCUCCUCCGCGUCACCACCAAGUUGGUGGCACAUACACCGCUCGGUCAGCCUCCAGAGUCGAUACAGUCUGGCAACUACGGCAGCCCUCCGAAAGCGCUGUGGUGGUUGAAGCAGAGCAUAAUAUACUUUUGUGGUCUUUUCGGCAUGAAAGUCUGCGUCCUCAUCAUCUUCGUCCUCUUCCCCUGGAUCAGCCACGUGGGCGACUGGGCUCUGGGUUGGACCGAGGGUAACGAGAGGCUUCAGAUCGUCUUCGUCAUGAUGCUCUUCCCCCUCAUCAUGAACGCCAUGCAGUAUUACAUCAUUGACAGCUUCAUCAAAAAGCAGACUGGUGCGGCAACAGACGAAGACGACGGCGACUGCGGCGACGCUGGCCGCACUCAGAGGGGCCAUCUGAGGAGAUCUUCCUCUUCGGGGACACACGGCUCGUACGACGCCCCGGGUGAGAGCGCCGACGAAGAGGAGCUGGUUGAGCGGGAAGGGCGGCAUCGCACCAGCGGCAAUAGGCAAAGUGGUGCGCCUGCGGGCCCCGCUUCUGCUAAGCCAGCUGGCGGACGAGCUCGCCGCGAGUACGACCCGGACGUGGACGGCGACGAGCGCACCAUCAUCGGCAGCAGCACCUCGUCCCGCCAGACGGAGGCCCUGUUGAGCAAGGACCUGUUGCCUCGCGAAUGAUAAUGCCUGGGGAGCUGGACCCCACGUCUUCUUAUUCUCCAUCUUCCCCUUGUCAUAGGUCCAGCCAUCAUUCCAAGCCUCUCUGCCCACUUCUUUUCAUAAUCUUUGUCCAAUUCCUUUGCUCGGCUUGUUUUUUCCCCUUCUUUUUGGCUAGGCACUUGUUUUGGGUUGUUGAGCCACGGCUCUCCAUGUACAUACAAACGAGUCCUCUUUUUCGACUUUCUCCUCCUCUUUCUCAACUCCCUUCCUUUUCCGGUUGUUUAUUCCAUCAUUUCCAGGCGCGAUGGCUAUACGCAUUCCCUGAAAACGUCAUUACAAAGCGACUGCUCGGUUAUAUUUCCAUUUCACACUUACAGCUAUUCCCAGCGUUUGUUUGUGUCAUCACAUGGGUCGAAUCUGAUGUUUUUUCUCUGUACUUGACGGGCGAUACACAUGGGCGGUAGAGCGGACAUUUUCACCUGCUCGGCAUUGUGGCAAUAAAUAUGAAGUACUUGAAUCUCCG